AUGUUUUUUCUCUCUUCAUCUUUUCCUAUUCUUUUCUUUGCAUCUUCUUCUUUUUUAUUCUUUUCAUAUCCCGACAUUUUUUUUUAUCAUAUUCAAUUCCUUCGUUCAUUUAUAUUUUCCCAUUUUGAACACUUCUGCCUUGUUCCCUAUGGCUUCAUUUAUUCCUCUUUCUCCAAAAUAGCAGUCUAUCUAUCUGUCUAUCUCUCUAUCUAUAUAUCUAUCUAUCUAUCUAUCUAUAUAUAUCUAUCAGUCUUUUCAUAUCUAUCUAUCUAUCUAUCUAUCUAUCUAUCUAUCUAUCUAUCUAUCUAUCUCAGUCUUAGUUUUAUUCAUCUAUCUAUCUAUAUCUAUCUAUCUCCCUCUAUAUCUAUCUAUCUAUCUAUCUAUCUAUCUAUCUAUCUAUCUCAGUUUUUUUCAUAUUCUAUUCAUCUAUCUAUCUAUCUAUCUCAGUUUUUCAUAUCUAUCUAUCUAUCUAUCUAUCUAUCUAUCUAUCUAUCUAUCUAUCUAUCUAUCUUGUUCUCACCUAUAAGACUUAGUUCAUAUCUAACUCGUUUUAAUUAUCUAUCUAUCUAUCUAUCUAUCUAUCUAUCUAUCUAUCUAUCUAUCUAUCUAUCUAUCUAUCCGUUUCGUUUUAUCUAUCUAUCUAUCUAUCUAUCUAUCUAUCUAUCUAUCUAUCUAUCUAUCUAUCUAUCUCAGUCGUUUAUUUAUCAUCUAUCUAUCUAUCUAUCUAUCUAUCUAUCUAUCUAUUUCAGUAUGUUCAUAUCUUUCUGUAUGUUCAUAUCUAUCUAUCUAUAA